AUGGCCGACGCCGCCUGGAUGGCCGCCUGGGCCGAGGGCGAGCCGCCCGGCGGCCGCUCGCUCCUGUCGCUGCCGCUCGAGGUGCUCGCCCGCGUCGCCGCCUCGUUGCCGACGGCCGACUUUGGCUCCCUCCGCCUCAGCUGCCGGUCGGUCGAGAGGAAGCUCCACGCCGUCUUCGCCCACGACUUCUUCACCAAGAAGCAGUUCAUGGUGACGGAGAACAGCCUGCAGGCGCUGCACGACAUCUCCGAGAGCCGGCUGGCCGUCCACCUGCGCCACCUCCACAUCGGCCUCGAGCGCUUCCCCGAGGGCAUCCACCGGCCGCUGCCCGACGAGGGCAAGGAGCGCCGGUUCAAGAAGCGAUACGCCGACCACUUCAUCCUCUGGAACACGGGCGGCUACCGCGAGAUGCUCACCGACAUCUUCCGCAACCUCCCCAACCUCGAGCACGUCGUCCUCCGCGACUUCAACUCGCAGAAGCGGCUGCGGGACGGCGCCGACGCCCAGUGGACGAGCUACGGGUCCAAGACCAUCUUUGGCGAGACGGGCCUGCUCCUCGGCCAGGCCGUCGACAGCUCCUGGGGCGCCAGCCUGUCGCUGCAGUUCUGCAGCCAGGUCUUUGCCCUCAUCCUCCACGCCCUCGGCGUCGCCGGCGCCGAGCCCAAGGGCAUCGAGGUCAUGGCGAGGCACGGGAACCGGCUCCGGGGCUUCGCCUUUCACAUCCCGAGCUUCAUCGAGCCCUCGGUGACGCCCAUCCUCAACAAGCUCGAGAAGCUGCACCUCUCCAUCGACCUCACCUGGAGGGCCCACGGUCCCGUCUGGGGUCCGCCGGGCACCUCGGCCUCGGUUUCCGAGCACUUCCUGCGCAACUUCCUGAGCCAGUGCACGAGCCUCACGAGCCUGCGCAUCAACGAGGGCUACGACCAGAACCCGGCGCUCGAGCAUCUGUUCGACUGGCUCGCGAGCACCGCCGACGACGUCGUGCCCGCCCCGCCGGCCCUGCCCAACCUGCAGGAGCUGAGCUUCGGCUUCAUGAACGUGCACGCCGCGCCCCUGCUGCACGUCAUCCGCCGAUUCGCGUCGUCGCUGAGGCGGCUCGAGCUGUGGAAGGUGACCCUCCUGCGCUCCCUGCCGCCCGGCGACGACGCCGGCGACCCGCCGAGGCUCAGCUUCUGGCUCGACUUCCUGAGCCAGCUGCGCGCCAUGCCCGACCUCGACCUGAACCUGAUCAUGGUCGGCAUGGCGAAGCAAGCCUACUCGCACCGGCCGGCCGAGUACAAGGUCUCGUUUGCCGACCUCGCCAAGAUGAGGUACGCGGGUCCGCGUUGGAAGGACCAUCUCGACAACGUCAUGCCGACCAUCCAAGUCAAGUGGCCACGCCACGUCACGCCGGACCCCAUCGGCAUCACCGCCGCCUUUGACGGCAACGGCCACGACGACGACGACGACGACGACGACGACGGUUCUGAGCAUGAUGUCGACACCUUGAAUGAACCGGUUUAA